AUGCCGCUCUGUCUCACCUUCGUCGACUUGAAGAAGGCGUUCGACUCAGUUGAGACGGAAGCAGUCGUGGAAGCCUUGGAGAACCAAAACAAUAUCAUCAUUGAUGUGAAGAGGGGAGUCCGACAACGCAAUGCGAAAGUUGGAAAGGGAGUGAAGGUUGAUGGUUGGCAGCUACACCAUUUGCGUUUUGCUGAUGAUAUCGUACCGGUAACACCUAGCAUCAGCCAAGCGGAACUAAUGCUGAUCGAAUUCGGCGAAACAUGUGGACGCAUCGCUCUUCAGUUGAAUCUAGACAAGACGAUGUCUAUGCGCAACGGACAGCUUCGUUUAUAUGUUCGGGAGUUGAACAUGAUAAACGACCUGACUCCCGAGCUGGGUAAGAGGAGACGAGUGGCUUGGGGAGCGUAUGAAAGCAUCGAGGAUGUAGUGAAGAAGACCAGGAACACCCAGCUCCGUGCUCACCUCUUCAACACCACCGUACUUCCUGCUUUGACCUAUGCUUCGGAAACCUGGGCAUUUCGCAAGCAGGAAGAAAACGCGGUGAGCGUCAUUGAACGCGCAAUUGAGAGAGUGAUGCUAGGAGUAUCCCGUUUCACGCAAGUGAGGGACGGGAUUCGAAGUUCUCUCCUACGUCAACGAUCGAAGAUUAGAGACGCCGCCGCGUUUGCCAAGGAAAGUAAAAUAAGGUGGGCCGGAUACGUGACGCCCUUAUCGACAACCGUUGGACCAGAGCCGUGA